UAGAGUAAUUUUUUUCUUUGCUUUCACAUGGUUUUAGAAUUGAAUAAUGUUUUUAUUGCGUUAAAUUUAAAAUUUCUGUAAUCCAUUUUAAUUAUUUUUUAUUUAUUUAGUUAUAAUUAAUAAAUUAAAUUCAAAAUGCCAUUAGUGAUUAUUUGUGGUAUACCUUGUAGUGGAAAAUCUGAGAGAGCGAAAAAAUUAAAUGACUUCUUGUCGUUGUCUAAAAAAUGUGUGUUAAUUAAAGAUGAUAAUGUGACGAGUGGAUUUGUUAGAAAUGAUGUGUAUGCAGAUGCACAAAAAGAAAAAGAAUUUCGAAGUUCUUUAAAAUCAGAAGUUGAAAGACAUUUAUCCAAAGAAACUACUGUUAUUUUAGAUGCUGGAAAUUACAUUAAAGGUUAUAGAUAUGAAUUGUACUGUUUGAGUAAAAAUUCCAAGACAACUCAUUGUGUAAUACAUUGUGAUCUGCUUCCUGAAGACUGUUGGGCAUUUAAUGAGAAACGUGAAUCACCAGAACAAUAUACCCAAAACAUAUUUGAUGCCCUUGUGCAGAGGUUCGAAGCUCCAGACUCUCGUAACAGAUGGGAUUCUCCCCUCUUCAUUAUCCAUAAGGAUGAAGAAUUGCCCCUGAAAAAUAUUGAGGAAGCUUUAUAUGAAAAGAAGGCACCUCCUCCCAAUUUGUCCACACAGAAUCAACCUCUUGCUUCCACAAACUUUUUAUAUGACCUUGACAAGGUCACACAAAGUAUUGUGAAAAACAUUCUAAAUGCUCAAAGGGGAUCUACACCUGGAGAUUUUAUCACAAUACCUGGGGCUGAUCAAAAGAUUCUUCUAAUGGAUCCUUUGGCACCGGGCGAAUUGGCAAGGAUUCGUCGACAAUUUGUUUCCUAUGUAAAAAGUCAUCCUGUUGCAGAUGAGAGCAAGAUACCCAAUAUGUUUGUACAGUUUGUAAAUAAAAAUAUACAUUAAUUUUUA